GUUGGCUCUUUCACCAUCUCACAACUGCUGAACCGAACAAACAGAGACAUUGCACAGAACAUUUGGAGAGGGAGUGGAAAUCGGUGCAGGGCAAACACAAGUGGGAGUGGGAGCAGUGUAAGGUCCACCAGUCAUUACUGCUGCUCUUUCGCCGUCCCGCACAACGUGCUGCGCCUUGCUCGACACUCGCUCAUAUGAAGAGACCAGCAGAGUCUCCUCCGCACGAACACUCCGACGCCCCGCCCCAGCAGAAGCGAUCCAUCUCCGAGCCGCGUGCAAACGGGAACGGCACGAUGAGCACGCCCAUGGACGUCGACCAUCCGCAGAAGGCUGUGCAGCAGCUGAAGGAAGCCAGCAACGGCCAUGGCGAGAUUGAUGAGAGUCUCUACUCUCGUCAGCUGUACGUGCUGGGCCAUGAGGCCAUGAAGCGUAUGGGCAGCAGCAACGUCCUGGUCGUGGGUCUGCGCGGCCUUGGUGUGGAGAUUGCAAAGAACAUUGCCCUCGCGGGCGUGAAGAGCUUGACACUGUUCGACCCGAAGCCGACGCGGAUCGAGGACCUCUCGUCGCAAUUCUUCCUGCAUCCCGAAGAUGUGGGCAAGCCUCGCGCCGAUCUGACUGCGCCGCGCGUGGCCGAGCUGAACCCGUACACGCCUGUCUCGGUCCAUCAAGCAAAGGACCUGACGAGCGAUCUGAGCCAGCUCAAGAAGUAUCAGAGCAUAGUUUUGACUGACACUCCACUCAAAGACCAGCUCACAAUCGCCGACUACUGUCACGAAAACGGCAUCUACAUCACGAUCACCGACACUUAUGGUCUCUUUGGCCACAUCUUCACCGAUUUCGGAAAGAACUUCACCGUUGGCGACCCCACAGGCGAGAACCCGCUCAACGGCAUCGUCGCCGGCAUCGAUUCGGACGGCCUCGUCUCUGCACUCGACGAGACACGCCACGGCCUGGAAGAUGGAGACUUUGUCACAUUCUCGGAGGUGGAAGGUAUGGAGGCUCUCAACGAUGGCACGCCUCGCAAGAUCACGGUAAAGGGACCAUACACUUUCCAGAUUGAUCUGCCGGCGAAUGCAGGGCAGUACCAGAGAGGAGGACUGUAUCAGCAGGUCAAGAUGCCAAAGAUCUUGGACUUUGAGCCACUGAGCAAGCAGCUGAAGAAGCCUGAACAGCUCAUUUCCGACUUUGCCAAAUUCGAUCGCCCCGGACAGCUCCACGCAGGCUUUCAGGCGUUGCAUGCGUUUGCCGAAAAGCACAACGGGGAACUGCCACGAGCACACAAUGAUGAAGACGCCAAGGAGGUGCUGAAGCUUGCACAGGAGAUCAACGAGCAGUCGGAGGACAAGGCAGAGUUGGACGACAAGAUCAUCACUGAGCUUUCAUAUCAAGCACGUGGGGACCUCUCACCCAUGGCCGCAUUCUUCGGAGGUCUGGCCGCGCAAGAAGUGCUCAAGUCGGUAUCUGGCAAGUUUCACCCGAUCAAGCAAUGGCUGUACCUGGACUCGCUUGAGUCACUCCCGACAUCCGUCAAGCGAUCGGAAGAGCUGUGCAAGCCAGUUGGUUCACGAUAUGAUGGCCAGAUUGCAGUGUUUGGUAAGGAGUAUCAGGAGAAGCUGUCGAACGUCAAGCAAUUUCUCGUCGGGGCUGGCGCCAUUGGUUGUGAGAUGCUGAAGAACUGGGCAAUGAUUGGUCUCGGUACUGGGCCACAGGGCAGGAUUUGGGUGACCGACAUGGACCAGAUCGAGAAGAGCAAUCUCAACAGACAAUUCCUUUUCCGACCUAAGGACGUCGGCCAGCUCAAGUCAGAGUGCGCAGCUCGUGCUGUGCAGGCCAUGAACCCUGAUCUUACGGGGCACAUUGAGAUGCUGAAGGAUCGUGUGGCGCAAGACACGGAACACGUCUUCAACGAGGAAUUUUGGCAGAAUCUCGACGGCGUCACUAAUGCUCUGGAUAAUGUGGAUGCUCGUACCUACGUCGAUCGGCGAUGCGUCUUCUUCCACAAGCCUCUGCUGGACAGUGGCACUCUCGGCACCAAAGGCAACACACAGGUUGUGCUGCCUCGUCAGACAGAGUCCUACUCCAGCUCGCAAGAUCCUCCGGAGCAGUCAUUCCCAAUGUGUACGCUUCGAUCAUUCCCGAACCGCAUCGAGCACACCAUCGCUUGGGCCAAGGAGCUUUUCAACACCGUUUUCACAGCGCCGGCAGAUAUUGUCAAUUCGUACAUUACGCAAAAGGACUACCUGGGCACCGCGCUCAAGCAGUCCGGAAACGAGAAGCAAACUCUCGAGACAUUACAGGAAUUCCUGGUCACCAGCAAGCCAAAGUCUUUCGAUGAUUGCGUUGAGUGGGCGCGUCUACAGUUUGAGAAGCACUACAACAAUGCCAUUCAACAGCUGCUGUACAACUUUCCUAAGGACAGCAAGACUUCAUCCGGUCAGCCUUUCUGGUCGGGGCCGAAGCGUGCUCCUGAUGCGCUCACUUUCGAUCCCAACAACGAGACGCACUACAACUUUGUUCUCGCUGGUGCCAAUUUGCACGCCUUCAACUACGGUAUCAAGCAGACCACCGACCGUGAUUACAUCUUGGGCGUUCUCAACCGCAUGAUUGUGCCAGAUUUCAAGCCUGAUCCUGGUGUCAAGAUCCAGGCCGAUGACAAGGAACCAGAUCCGAACGCGCAGCCGUCUGGAGCCGACGACGACAAUGCUCAGCUGGAGAAGAUUGCCAAGUCUCUGCCUCAGCCGAAGCAACUUGGCGACUUCCGCAUUGAAGGUGUGGAGUUCGAGAAGGACGAUGACACCAACUUCCACAUUGAUUUCAUCACCGCCGCGGCGAACCUUCGUGCGGAGAACUACAAGAUCCAGACGGCAGAUCGACACAAGAUCAAAUUCAUCGCUGGCAAGAUCAUCCCCGCCAUCGCCACGACGACGGCCCUGGUCACCGGCCUGGUCAUCCUUGAGCUGUACAAGAUCAUCGAUGGCAAGACGGAUAUCGAGCAGUACAAGAACGGCUUCGUCAAUCUGGCGCUGCCGUUCUUUGGCUUCUCGGAGCCCAUUGCUUCACCCAAGGGCAAGUACCAGGGCAAGAAUGGAGAAGAGACGAUCGAUAAGCUGUGGGAUCGCUUCGAGACGGAGGAUGUCACACUGCAGCAGUUCCUCGACGACUUCAAGGAGAAGGGUCUCAGCGUCACCAUGAUAAGCUCUGGAGUGAGUCUGCUGUACGCCAGCUUCUACGCUGCGUCCAAGAACAAGGACCGCUUGCCGAUGAAGUUGUCCAAGCUCGUGGAACACAUUUCGAAGAAGAAGAUUCCCGAGCAUCAGAGGAACGUCAUUUUCGAGAUUACUGCUGAGGAUAUGACGGAGGAGGAUGUCGAGAUCCCGUACGUCAUGGUGAAGUUGGGUGACCGCCAGUAGACGCCGUUCAAAUGAAGCCCGGACUGGGAAGGCAUAGACUUGCUUUUACUCCCCUUUCUCCUCAGGAAAGACGUGGUCGGUCGAUGUAGAAUGAUACAUACGAGGAGCACAGGCUUUCAACUGGCCAGAAGAGGCUACUCUUCGCUGCUGCUCGCUGGUAGCAUAGCGUGGUAUAGAUAGAUGAGCAUGGAAUGCGAAAUGAUGG